GCAACCUGGAGCCAUUGUGUUUUGGUCCUUGAUGAGUCCGCGAUUGGUCCGGGGCAAUUGGGAUCAAGAAAACGAGUCCAAAGUGGUUGGAUCUGGUGCCCGGGGGACGAAGGUGUUUGCCAGCUCCAGAGGGCUCAUCGAAAACGUUCUCCCAAGAUCCCACCAUCCCCAAUAGAUACCUAACCACAAGAACAAGAUGGCCCAUGAGGCCCACUACAGCGGCAAGAACGAGAAAGGCUUCUCAAAGCUCGGCACGGCGCACCCGUCAUCCGGCGUCGGAGACCCCGUUCCGAGCGAAGGCGUGCGCGAGAAGAGGGCUGCCAACAAGGAUGAAGUCAAUGCCAAACAAAGGGAGUACAAGGCAAAGUGGAAGAUUGAGGACCCUGAAGCAUACGCCGAAGCACUCGAGAAGGCCCGCCAGAAGCACGCUGAGAAAAAGGAUGAACUCAACGCGAAGCAGCGUCAAAGGUGGGCGGAGAAGAAGGAUAAGUACAAUACGAAUGUGCGCGAGAAGAGGGCUGCUAACAAGGAGGAGUCAAGCAAUGACGAAAACGAAUCAAGCAACAGUGGAAGUGACAAUGACGUUCACGAUGACCGUGACCAAUAUCAAUCAAGCCACGAAGGAAGUGAUGAUGACGGUCCCGUUGAGCCCUCUUCUCCUCCUCCUCCUCCAUCCUCUUCUUUUCCUCCGCCCUAUCCUCCAUUGUAUCUCUAUUGA